UAGAAACUAAGUACAAAACAGAACCAAAACAGAGUACAAACGUUAGCAUAAAUUUAACAACACUAUCUCAUUCAACACCGAAAAAUCUAUCUACAUACAUGCUUCUAUCAUGUUCCAUUCAAUAAAUUAAUAAUCUUUUUACCAUAAUUUGAAUACCCUUUAAUGGGAAUUGAAUUCUGAACAGCUUUGUUGAUUUUCAAUGGCGGUUGAAUAUACAUGUUGUGGAACAGAGUUUUUCAUAAGAAUUGUGAUAAUUGUUUUGCUUGUUGUGUUUGCUGGAUUGAUGUCAGGGCUUACUUUAGGUCUCAUGUCUUUGAGUCUUGUUGAUCUUGAAGUUCUUGCUAAAUCUGGUACCCCUCAGGAUAAGAAACAUGCUGAGAAAAUAUUGCCUGUUGUAAGAAAUCAACAUUUACUGCUUUGCACUCUUCUAAUUUGCAAUGCUGCAGCUAUGGAGGCACUUCCAAUUUUUCUUGAUAGUCUUGUUGUUGCUUGGGGUGCUAUCCUAAUUUCUGUUACAUUAAUUCUUCUGUUUGGUGAGAUUAUUCCUCAAUCAGUUUGUUCUCGGUAUGGUUUAACGAUCGGUGCAACAGUCGCUCCAGCUGUUCGUGUUCUUGUAUGGAUAUGUCUUCCUGUUGCUUAUCCAAUUAGCAAGUUGUUGGAUUAUUUGUUGGGGCAUCGACAUGAAGCCCUUUUCCGCAGAGCCGAGUUGAAAACACUUGUAGAUUUACAUGGUAACGAGGCUGGAAAAGGUGGUGAACUAACACAUGAUGAAACAACUAUCAUUGCUGGGGCACUUGAACUCUCUGAGAAAACUGCUGGUGAUGCCAUGAGUCCUAUAAAUGAAAUAUUUUCCAUUGAUAUUAAUUCAAAACUUGAUAGGGAAUUGAUGACUCUAAUAUUGGAGAAAGGACAUAGUAGAGUCCCUGUUUAUUAUGAGGAGCCUACAAAUAUCAUUGGACUUAUCCUGAUCAAGAAUUUGUUAACUAUUGACCCAGAAGAAGAAGUACCUGUGAAAAGUGUGACCAUACGCAAAAUACCAAGGGUUCCAGAAAUGAUGCCACUUUAUGAUAUAUUGAAUGAAUUCCAAAAGGGCCAUAGUCACAUGGCUGUUGUUGUGAGACAUUUUGACAAGACAGGGCAACAAACUUCCAAUAUUAAUGGCAGUGAUUCAGUAAGAGAUGUGAAGGUGACUAUUGAUGUGGAGAAGACUCCUCAACAAGAGAAAAUGUUAAAAAACAAGAUGCAACUUCAUAAGAGGAAAAGCUUACCAAAUGCAAGUAAUUCAAGUAUGAGUACUAGUUCUAGGAGCAAAAAAUGGUCACAAAAUAUAUACUCAGAUAUUUUGGAAAUUGAUGGAAAUUCAAUUCCAAAGCUACCUGAAAAAGAAGAAGCUGUUGGAAUAAUUACAAUGGAAGAUGUAAUUGAAGAGCUUUUGCAGGAGGAAAUCUUUGAUGAGACAGAUCAUCAGUUUGAAGACUCAUAACAAUGAUCUCUAAAUAAAACUUAGCUACUUUUGAUUCUCCUUUUUUUGUUUUGUAUCUAGAUUUAUAUAUAAAUUAAUUGGAUUAAUUAAUUCAAUUACAUAUAUAAUCAGAAAAGAUGUUAGGGGAUAUGGUGGUGCGUAUAGGAUUUGGAAUUGUGACUAGUUAGCCAUUAUUCCUUGUAAAAAGUAGUAAUGAUGGGGAAAGCAUUUGUUAUUAUUGUAA